AUGACUAUAAGGAACCAACGAUUCUCUCUUCUUAAACAACCUAUAUACUCCACACUUAACCAGCAUUUGAUAGAUUAUCCAACCCCGAGCAAUCUUAGUUAUUGGUGGGGGUUCGGUUCGUUAGCAGGUAUUUGUUUAGUCAUUCAGAUAGUGACUGGCGUUUUUUUAGCUAUGCAUCACACACCUCAUGUGGAUCUAGCUUUCAACAGCGUAGAACACAUUAUGAGAGAUGUUGAAGGGGGCUGGUUGCUCCGUUAUAUGCAUGCUAAUGGGGCAAGUAUGUUUCUCAUUGUGGUUCACCUUCAUAUUUUUCGUGGUCUAUAUCAUGCGAGUUAUAGCAGUCCUAGGGAAUUUGUUCGGUGUCUCGGAGUUGUCAUAUUCCUAUUAAUGAUUGUGACAGCUUUUAUAGGAUACGUACCACCUUGGGGUCAGAUGAGCUUUUGGGGAGCAACAGUAAUUACAAGCUUAGCUAGCGCCAUACCAGUAGUAGGAGAUACCAUAGUGACUUGGCUUUGGGGUGGUUUCUCCGUGGACAAUGCCACCUUAAAUCGUUUUUUUAGUCUCCAUCAUUUACUCCCCCUUAUUUUAGUAGGCGCCAGUCUUCUUCAUCUGGCCGCAUUGCAUCAAUAUGGAUCAAAUAAUCCAUUGGGUGUACAUUCUGAGAUGGAUAAAAUUGCUUCUUACCCUUAUUUUUAUGUAAAGGAUCUUGUAGGUCGGGUAGCUUCUGCUAUCUUUUUUUCCAUUUGGAUUUUUUUUGCUCCUAAUGUUUUGGGGCAUCCCGACAAUUAUAUACCUGCUAAUCCGAUGCCCACCCCGCCUCAUAUUGUGCCGGAAUGGUAUUUCCUACCGAUCCAUGCCAUUCUUCGCAGUAUACCUGACAAAGCGGGAGGUGUAGCCGCAAUAGCACCAGUUUUUAUAUCUCUCUUGGCUUUACCUUUUUUUAAAGAAAUGUAUGUGCGUAGUUCAAGUUUUCGACCGAUUCACCAAGGAAUAUUUUGGUUGCUUUUGGCGGAUUGCUUACUACUAGGUUGGAUCGGAUGUCAACCUGUGGAGGCACCAUUUGUUACUAUUGGACAAAUUCCUUCUGUCUUUUUCUUCUUGUUCUUUGCCAUAACGCCCAUUCCGGGACGAGUUGGAAGAGGAAUUCCAAAAUAUUACACGGAUGAGACUCAUCGCACCGGAUCCUUUUGGCCAUAG